UUGUAGCUAGCAGUAAUUUAAAAAACGUUUUAGCUAGCUAUGAUUGUUAGAUUGCUAACGUUAGCUCAUAGACAGACUGUGCGUUAGCAUCUUGGAGGCUACUUGUCGCAAAGUGACGCAUGCGCAACUCACAUCUGCACUCUACUCACAUCGGGCAGUGACAAGCAGAAGCGGAAGUUGAAGGCGGGGAAAAUUCAAAAUGUCUGCUCCGAAAACCAUCCCGAAAGAUGCUCAGGUGAUGAUCCAGAUCCUGAAGGACAUGGGCAUCACCGAGUACGAGCCCCGAGUCAUCAACCAGAUGUUGGAGUUCACCUACAGAUACGUGACGACUAUCAUCGAGGACGCCAAAAUCUACGCCACGCACGCCAAGAAGUCCAGCGUUGACGCCGACGACAUCAAACUGGCCAUCCAGUGCCGCAUGGACCAGUCGUUCACCUCGCCGCCGCCACGAGACUUCCUGUUGGAAGUAGCGAGGCAGAAGAACCAGACUCCUCUCCCUCUGAUCAAGCCCUACACCGGGCCCAGACUCCCUCCAGACCGAUACUGUCUGACAGCGCCGAACUACCGACUCAAGUCCAUUCAGAAGAAGGUGUCGUCGUCUGCCGGCAGGAUAACGGUGCCGCGCCUCAACGUAGGCUCCGUCUCCAGCCGGCCGGGCACGCCCACUCUCGGAACCCCGUCUGUCCAGUCCGUUACCUCUAAAGUGGGAACGCCAGUGUCUCUGACGGGCCAGAGGUUCACCGUGCAGAUCCCUCCGCCUUCUCAGACAGUCACCACCAAGACCAUCACCCCGUCCACGCCUGCCGUCUCCAACGUGCUCAUCAACCCGUCUCUGAUUGGCUCCAAGAACAUCCUCAUCACCGCCAACAUGGUGUCGCAGAGCUCGGCCGCCGGCGACUCGCUGAAGAGGAAACACGAAGACGAGGAAGACUACGACGCUUUAUGACAGCGCGACUGAAGAAGAAGAAGAAGACGGAUCUUCAUCUUAUCUUUAUUUGUCGUCUUUUUGUUGUUGUUGUUGUUGUAUGAAUCACACCGGUUGACCACUUCGCUACUGUUCUUACCAGGAACUGAUCCAGAUCAUUAAGGACUCGUGUUAGUUAGUUUUAGCUUUCUAGUUCACAUGUGUGUGUUCAAACUCGAGGCCCGUGGGGCCAAAUCUGGCCCCUUUGCAGAUUUAGAUCCGGUCCGUAUACACA